UAUGUUCGUUCCCAAGAUCUCCACCAUGAGUUCUUCCUCCUCUUCCUCCUUUCAACUCGGAAGCUUUUGAGCCAUUUCUCAUCCUGUUUCUGCAACUCCGCAAACAUAUAAAUCACUGAAAGUGCUUCUUGCAAAGCAAACAAGCGUCAAGAAGGAGAAAUAAGGAAGAAAAAACAGAUAUAAGAGAUGUCUGGUGUAUCCCUUGCCGUGGCUCCUCGGACGGAGCCUGACAAAACCACGACCACCCCAAACACGAAGCCCCAACAGCAGCCAGGCCGCCACAACCACCACCAGCAGCAGUCUGUGGUGGGAGGCGUCAUGGGAUCACUGCGCGUGAUCGAACUCCAGCUAGUAGCCUUCAUCAUGGUUUUCUCCGCCAGCGGUCUCGUCCCUCUACUCGACCUUAUAUUCCCAGCAUUCGCCUCCGCUUAUCUUCUAGCCCUCUCCCGCUUCGCCUUCCCAGCCCAUGGCAGCACCAGCUCCACCGGCUCACAGGAAAUUUUCCAAGGAAGUAGGCUUUUCCGGCUCUACGUGAUUGUGGGAACCGCCAUCGGCCUGUUCUUGCCCCUGGCAUACGUGCUAGGCGGUUUCGCCAGGGGCGAUGAGCAUGCAGUCCGGUCAGCAACGCCUCAUCUCUUCCUCCUCUCAUUCCAGAUACUAACCGAGAACAUAAUAAGCGGGCUGUCCUUGUUUUCGCCUCCGGUAAGGGCACUGGUCCCGUUGCUCUAUACCGUUAGAAGGAUCUUUGUAAUCGUAGACUGGAUAGUGGACGUGUGGCUUAACAAGACGCUGCCUGCCAAUGCACCCUUCAAGGAUGUUGCAUGGUUCUGGUUCGGAAAGACGUUGGCGGUGGCGAAUUUAGCAUACUUCUCCAUCAACCUGUUUGUAUUCUUGAUUCCCCGGUUUCUUCCAAGGGCCUUCGAGAGGUAUUUCAGGGAGAGGGACGAGACUCGAGCAAAGAUUGAGGAGGACAAGCGCUCUGCAGCAGCAAACAAGUCCCAACCCACAGAUAAGAAAGCCGAUUGAUUGGCCUUUCCGUUUCUUCACCAUUGCUGGUAUGAUUCGGAAUGUAUGAUCUCCUCCUCCUCCAACUUAACAUUACUCCUUUUUGCUGUGCUUUUCUCAGUAGUCCACUGAAUUUAUCGUCAUUUGUGUAUUAUCCUUUCUUCACAUGUAAUGAAUGUGGGCACAUUACCACAAUCGUUCGCCAUGCUUGUUUUCAAAUUUUGGAAAUUGUAAUAAAAUGAUGUGAAGAUCUUGUGCAAA